AUGGAUUUCUUCAUGUCAUCUUUUGGUGAGUACUCAGACACUUCUUCUUCAGAAACAAGUUCCUCGGAAGUGAUUUUGGCAUCAGUUAAUAAGCCAAAGAAGAGAGCAGGUAGAAGAGUGUUCAAGGAGACAAGACAUCCGGUGUACCGAGGAGUACGACGUAGGAAGAAUAACAAGUGGGUUUGUGAGAUGAGAGUUCCUAACAAUAUCGUUAACAAAAAUAAUAAGUCAAGGAUUUGGCUUGGAACAUAUCCAACUCCUGAAAUGGCUGCACGUGCACAUGAUGUUGCUGCACUUACUCUUAAAGGAAAAUCAGCUUGUCUUAAUUUUGCUGACUCUGCAUGGCGGUUGAGGUUGCCGGAGUCGAAUGAUGCGACGGAGAUAAGGAGGGCGGCGAUGGAGGCUGCUCAGUUGUUUGCGGUUGAAGACAAGCAAUGUUGUGUUACCGUUGAAGAUGGAGUGUUUAUGGACAUGGAAGAUUCCAAGAAUAUGCUAGAAGCACAGGUUCCAGUGGUGUCAUCAGAAUUUGAAGACAUGCAUCAUUUGCUUCUAAGUAUUGCCAAUGAGCCUUUACGUUCAGCUCCUCCUUCCCCAACAAAUUAUGGUAGUUAUAACUGGGGUGACAUGGAGAUUUUUGAUACUCAAUUAGUUUCACUUUGGAACUUCUCUAUUUGAUACUCUUCUUGGAUGUGGUUGAUUUUGUAAAACUUAUUUUUUAGUUCAGUUUGAAAUGAAGUCACAUUUGUUUAUUUUUUA